AUGUCUCAACCGUCUAGAGCUUUAUACAUAUUAUUAAAGACGGUAAAAUGUAACUUUGAAUCAAAAUAUGUGGAUUUACGAAAAGGUGAACAUUACUCGGAGGAGUAUUCAAAAGUCAACAGACUACAAAAGGUACCUGUAAUUGAACACAAUGGAUUCAUUCUGUCGGAGAGCAUUGCUAUUAUCAACUACUUAUCCAGAGAAGCUAUAAUCCCUGAGACCUUGUAUCCAAAAGAAAGCAAAGCUCGGGCAUUAGUUCAAGAGUACCUGGAAUGGCAACAUAUCGGCCUUAGACUUCAUUGUGCUAUGUUUUUUAGAGUUAAGUACAUGGACCCAAUUCUAUUUGGUCGAUCACCGAGCGAUGAACAAAUACGUGGCUAUGAGCAACGCAUGGCUGCUGCAAUUGAGCUGCUUGACACCAAGUGGUUAGGCAGGGGUACAGAGUUCAUUGCUGGGAACACAAUAACUGUUGCUGAUUUAAUGGCAUCAUGUGAAUUAGAGCAACCAAGAAUGGCGGGCUUUGAUCCCCAAGAUAAAUUCCCCAACAUAGCUAUCUGGUGGCCAAAAGUAAGACAGUACUUCAAUCCCCACUAUGAUGAAGCUCAUGUUAUAUUAAACAAAAUUAUUAAGAAGAGAAGUUCGAAAUUA